GCUUUUUUCUUACCAUAAUAGUGUUGAGUCGGCUCCAAGGAAAUACACGCUUACACCUUCCCACGUGCAGUGGAUAGACUGUCUUCUGUCUAUUUCCUUUACUCGAUGCGAAAGGAAUGCGCGCAAUUUUCCUUGCAUCUAAGCAGGAUGCAAGUGACAUCGAGAAAUGGGCAACUUCGCUGCAGGCUGCUGGGGCCGCUAUAAAGCAUGUUACUGCCUGGUCUAGCCCAGAUGAUUUCGGCCGGCGUCAGCUUGGAGACGCUUGCAAUGUUGAUACCUUCUUAUUGGGCCCGGGCGCGCAGCUGGAAUCGCACAUUGCGCAAUGUCACGGCGGAGACGCACUCCUGCUCAUAUCAGUUGACCCGGCUCAGCACCUGCUGCCGCGGGCCGGCGUGGUGUUGCUCAUCUGGCAGCCCCAGGUGCCACUUGACAUUGUCCAGGCGUGCACAGGGUUACCACCAAGCCUGGCAGACGGGGCCAAUGUGAAGGGGCUGUUACUUGUCGACGCUUCACCGAGCCUGACCCUUUCAGUCACCCACAAGGCGUUGGAAGGCGCCGGCCUACAGGCACUGGCGCGCAAGCCCACAGUCCUAGCCCUGCGCACCCUACAGACACCCCAAGCCGCCGUGCAGCCGCUCUUGCAGCUAGCGGAUGCCCUGCCCUCCGUACCCCUGCCUAAGCCCGCCUUGCCGUUCGGUUCAGGCGAUGUUCGCAUCGCAGUCGCACGCGAUGACGCCUUCGGCCCCUGCUUCCACGAGAACCUCACCCUGCUGCACCAGGCGGGCGCGCAGCUGCUGUUCUUCUCGCCGCUGUACGACACCUGCAUCCCCAGCGGCGCCCAGUGCCUGUACCUUUCCAGCGGGCCGCUGGAGCCGGAGCGCUGGCAGCAGCUGGCCAUCAACCGGCCGCUGCUGGCAGCCGUCCGGGCCUUCUGCGACGCGGGCGGCAUGGUGCUGUCGGAGGGGGCGGGGCUCUUAUACCUGUCGCGUUCGGUGGACUUGGACGAGGAGGACGGGACGCACCGGUACCACGUGCACGACAUGGCGGGUGUGCUGCCCUUCAAAGCGCGGCUGUUGCCGGAGCCGCAGACCGCGGCGGUGCAGCUGAACGUGGCCGCGGGCAACCCGCUGCUGCCGGCGGGCUGCAGGCCUCGGGGCUACCUCAGCGCGCAGGCGGGCAUUGUAGUGGUGGAGGAGAAGCACCUGCAGAGCCUGGUCUUUGGGCUCCCAGGCGCAACCGGCAAGGGGGCUCCAGCACCCUUCAGCAUGACGUACGAAGUCACUGUCAUGCAGCAGCGGCAGCAGCAGCAGCAGGCAUCGGAUGCGGGAGCAGUAGCCACUGCAGACGAGGGCCUUGGCCUAGGCCAGCCUCAGUCUGAGGGCUACACAGUCCACAACGUGCUGGCGAGCAGCUGCCUGCUAUACCUGCCCUCCGUGCCGGGCCUCGCUGCGCACCUGGUCCGCUCCUGCGCCGGCAUCGACCCGGUGGGCUUGGCGACCAGCAUGGCACAGCAGCUGGGCUGCUCCGGCAUGACCCAGGCCUCCAAGCUGCAGCUGCAUUCCGCGAUAGCGUCGGCGAACACGAGCCGGGGCACGUCGCGGCGUCCGAGCAUACAGGACGUGGCUGCAUGGGGGGCUUCCUGUCGCGGCAACAGCGGCGUGAGCAGCUGCGCUAGCAGCACCACCGGCAUGGCUGCCUGCGUGCCGCACCACCACGGGCAACCCAUGCAUGGCGGCGGCGUUAUCAACCACCAGCACCAGCACCUGCAGACCCAACACCACACCUUUCACGGCCACGCCCUGCCGCCGGCCGGACCUAUGUGCCCCACUGCUCACGAUAGCAGCUCGUACUUCGGGUCUACGUACAGCGGCAUGAGUCAGCCCUCACCGCGGCACGGCUCCCACCUCGCGCACAGCAGCAGCACAAGCGCGAUGUCACCCGGCUGGGCGGCCCAGCCUCCUCCCCGACGUAGCCUGUGUGGACCCGCGGCUCAGCUGCCGCCGCCCGGCUUGUCGUACAUGCACGGGGUCGUACAGUCGUGCUCGCUGCCGCCCGCUCACCACAGCCCUGCGUCGCACGCCGCGAGGGACAAGCUGUCCGCGGUGUGUAAUACCGCGCACCAGCCGGCCCCGCCGCCACCUCAACAGCACCAGCCGCAGCUGGUGGUGGAGUGCAGCACUCCGCCACCGCGCAGCAAAGCAGAUCCGGGGCGGGAUAGUUUGGAGGAGCUGUCGUCCUCGACGCCGGUGGGGCCAGCCCACAAGCUCCCAGCUGUCACCACCUGCUCGCCAGUGGCAGACUGCUGCGAAAAGGGCGUCGCAGCGCAGGACGAAUCUCCCAAGACAUGCAUGGAGCGCUGUCAUUCUAGUGACAAAUGCGUUGGCGAGGACGUGAUGGAGGGUGCAAUGGCAACUCCCAAGAGCCAGGGCUCGCUCUUCCACGCCGCAAGCGUCGGCUGCUUUCCCUCAUACGGAGCCGCCCCGGGCUAUGGCGCCCUGGACGCCCCCCAGCACCCGGGCAUGGAUGGGGGCAGCCCCAUCCGCACGGGCUAUGCGCACGGCGGCUAUGGCUGGGGCGGCGCCCCGCCUGCUGCGCCGCAUGCAUGGUCGCCUGGCAUCGCAACAGCCCGGCAGAGCACCAUGGGUCUGCUGGGCCCGAUGCCCGCGGGCCCCCCCGCUCCCUCGCACCUCGGCGGGGUGGUGUGCUGCGCGCCGGGCGCGUGUGAGGCGCUGGUGGCUAUGGGUCUGGGCAACCGGCUGUCCGGCAUCGGUGCGGACUGCGACCAUCCGGCGGAUGUGUGCGCCAGCCGGCGGGUGGUGAUGGGCUGGGUGCCGCCGGAGGAGGCGCCGCAGGGGGCCGCGGCGCGAGGGAUCCGCGUGGUGCUGCCGGCCGCGGGAGGCGGCGGCAGCGGCCUGGGCUCAGCUGUCGCGGGCGGUCGGGGUGGCGGACGCAGCUCGGUGGAGCAGCAGCAGCAUCGCGCCGGUGGUGGCGGGGUGUCACGCGGUGCAGGGGGAGGGGCUGCUGGUGGCGGCAGCAGCAGCGGUAAGGUGCUGCUGGUGGACGAGUUGGCUCUGCGUCAUGAGCCGCCGGGCGUGCUGGUGCUGCCGGACCUCGGGGAGCUGGGGGAGGGGGAGCGGGCGCAGCUGGAGCAGGCGCUGGUGGAGAUGGGCCUCAUGAGUCCAGGCGGCGGCUCCCGGGGCGUCUGCUCCGUGCUGCAGGUGCGCUGCCGCAGCCUGGUGGACGUGAUGGACUUGAUGCUGGAGCUGGGCGCGGCGGCGGGGGAGCAGCAGCCCGCAUCCAUGCUGCUGGAGCGGCUGCAGGGCAGGAUCAGGCGCGUGGCGGCAGCCGCAGCGGCGGCAGCUGCGGCGCGGAGGAGCGGCGGGGCAGCGGUGGGGCCGGUGCCUGCGGCGGCUGUGGGGGCGGUGGGGAGGUCUGUGGUGCCAGCUGUGGUGCGGCCGGCGGGGCAGGGACCGCGAGUGCUGGUGCUGCAGUCGCUGCAGCCCUUUGUGGAGCCCGGCAGGUGGGUUCCCGAGAUGUUGUCCCUCGUGGGCGCCACCUCCUGCCUCGCACUGCCCGGCGGCCCCGACGUGCCGCUCUCCUGGCAGGACCUCCGACAGCGCGCCGCACCGGACGUGCUCAUCAUCCUCACCCCGCCCGGGGAGGACCUCCUGCUGGGCGGCCGCAGGACGGCGCCGGGGCCCGCCGGCUCGGCGGCCGCAUGCGGCCCCAGCGGUCACGCAGGGCCCAGCAGCUUCCCCGGCGCCGGCAGCAGCAGCAGCCUGAGUGAGCAGCUGGCCUGGCUGGCUGCGCAGCCCGGCUGGUGGUGUUUGCCGGCGGUGCGCAGCAGCCAGGUGUACCUGCUGCAGUCCGCGUACUGCGUGCGGGCGGGGCCGAGGCUGGUGGACGGCGCGGAGCUGCUGGCGCGGUUGCUGCUGCCGGGGCACUUCAGCAGCAGCAGGAAGGUGCCGGCAGGGAGCGUGAUGCGGCUGGCGUUGGCAGCGGGGCAGAGGUGCCGGGCGACGUUGCUGCCGAGCUACUUUGUGACGAUGGCGUUCAAUUAAGGGGAUGCUGGUCACAGGGGGGUGCGUUUGGGUGGUCUUGGUGUGCAUUGCCAUGACGUGGCGUUGUUGGUAUGGUGGUUGUGAGGGUUGUCCUGCGGCAUGUGCACCGGCGUGAUGGUUUGCGUGAAUGAUUGCAUGGAAGACGGCUGUCGAUUGCGGUACUGCAUAGGGUAGGGUUAGCGGUGCCAUACGACCACAAGGCUACGGCGCAACAAUUUUGUUACACGUCGGACGGCUGCUACCGAGGGUGUUGCGUUUUGUGCUAACAGGGUUCAUGAGGGGUUUGUCCAGCUUUGUCGCAAAUGGGCACCAUCAGCUUUAGGUUUGUUGUGAACCGACAUUUUGCGAGGCCUUACGACAUAAUGAUGUCUUUGAUGUGCAUGGGCGAUUUUCAGUGUGCAGCAGGUGAAGCCGUGAUGCUUUAUUUAUGUGUUGCAUAUCUCGUGCGAUAGCAGCACAUUGAUCCUACUGUGCAAGAUAUCUUCGUAUGUUGGAACUGUUGCAGGCAUCAUAGGACGUAGGAAACAUGCUGACGAUGUUGCGAACAUUGCGACCAGCGGUCUUGACUGCUGCGAUCGGAACGAGUUCAGGAGCUAGACAUGCUUCUUAUGUACCCAUUGUAAUUGAACAGACAAGUCGGGGUGAACGUGCCUACGAUAUUUUCAGCAGAUUACUAAAAGAGCGCAUUGUCAUAGUUACUGGCUCCAUCGAUGACCAUUCGGCGAAUUCCAUUGUGGCCCAGCUCCUCUUCCUGGAGAGCCAGGCGCCAGACAAGCCGAUCACCAUGUACAUCAACAGCCCCGGAGGCGUGGUCACCUCCGGCCUGGCCAUAUACGACACCAUGCAGUACAUCCGCUGCCCCAUCAGCACGCUGGUGGUGGGCCAGGCGGCGUCCAUGGCGUCCCUGCUGCUGACGGCGGGCGACAAGGGGCAGCGCAGGAGCCUGCCGCACGCGCGCAUCAUGCUGCACCAGCCGCUGGGCGCUGCGGAGGGCCAGGCCUCCGACAUCAUGAUCCGCGCGCAGGAGAUCAUGCGCAUGAAGGACACCCUCACCGGACUCUACAUCCGCCACACCGGCUGCUCGCGGGAGGCGGCGGAGAAGACUCUGGACCGCGACUCCUUCAUGUCAGCUGCAGAGGCGCGCGAGUUCGGGCUGAUAGACGAGAUACUGGUGGAGCGGCCCGCCAGCGAGGUGCACAGCUAGGGGG